CAUGGCAGACGGAGUGGAUCUUACGCGGUAACUAAAGCAACACUUCAACUGGAACAGACAAAUUCAACACUACUCUGCAACAAGGCAUCAGCGAUGAGGGAGAGACAGAAGAAAAAGAAGGGGAGGACGUGGGCUGAAGCCGCCAAAACGGUUUUGGAGAAAUAUCCCAACACGCCCAUGAGCCAUAAGGAGAUCUUGCAGGUGAUCCAAAGAGAAAGGCUUAAGGAAAUAAGAAGUGGAACCUCGCCGCUGGCAUGUCUGAACGCAAUGCUGCACACAAACUCUCGUGGUGAGGAGGGGAUCUUCUACAAAGUUCCAGGCAGAAUGGGGGUCUACACGUUAAAGAAGGACAUCUCAGAUGUGGUGAAGGAGCUGUCGGAUGAGGGCUCUGAGGAGAGCAGUGACAAUCUGUCUGACUCCCAAAGCACAGAAAACAACAGCAGCGCCAUCACGGGAGAGGGCAGGAGAGGAAGGUGGAUGCGAAGAGUUCCUUCCAAGCUGCAGUCACAGCCGUCCUCUCCGCAGCCUCGAUGCUCCUCGCCUUCUGUCCCCACCAGUAAACUCAUCUCUCCCUCGCAGAAACACAGCAAGAAAGCUUUGAAACAGGCCUUGAAGCAGCAGCAACAGAGAAACCAGCGCAGACAGGGGGGAAUGCCAACCACCUCCAGUCCCAGACUGCUUCUGAAAACCAUCAAAGACAUGGCUGACAACAUUACUACAAAGACUGACUUAUGUCACCCAGUCGUCCCCAGGAAGGUUUCUCAGAGGUCAGGCCGCCUUAGUGCUGGGCAGCUGAAACGUACCAAGUGCAAAAUAGAUGUGGAAACACCCGACUCAAUUUUGGUUAACACCAACCUGCGGGCGAUCAUCAACAAGCACACCUUCUCUGUCCUGCCCCCUGACUGCCAACAGAGGCUGCUUAAACUUCUGCCUGAAGUUGACCGGCAGGCCUGCAUGGACGGCCUUCUGAAGGUCACUAGUUCUGCCUUAAACAACGAGUUCUUCACAUCAGCAGCUCAGUCGUGGAAGGAGAGACUGGCUGAGGGUGAUUUCACUCCUGAGCUGCAGCUACGAAUGCGUCAAGAAAUUGAGAAGGAGAAGAAAGUUGAGCACUGGAAGGAGGCCUUCUUUGAGAACUAUUAUGGUGAAAAUUCGGGGCUCAGCUUUGAGGAAUCCAAAGAGCUGACAAAGGCUGAUGUGAAUCAGGAGUCUGCCAGGCCCCGGUCCCCUUCUCAUCAGACAGGACCUGCCGCUCAAACACCAGAGGAUCCCAAGGGCACCAAGGACAGCAGCCAGACUGAUGCUGCUGUGAAAGACACGAAGCCAACAAAGGAGCCUCUGAAGACACAGCCUGCUCACAGAGAGCCAGUCUCCACCACAGAGCCCAUGAAGACACGGCGCUCGCAGUACGCUGAGGAUCGGAAGCUGAGCGCAGCAGCACAGUCUGGGCCGGCACCCGCAGUGAAAACACCAGAGGUUGAGCGACAGAGCGAGCAGGCCGCGGCAGGUACACUGCCUGAGAAAGAGCAUAAAGAGGAAGUGAAGGAGGAGAAGGCUGAACUCCCUCAGUCGCCUCUGAAGAAGAGCCGAAAAGCUAGUUCAGAGUCAAAAGAGGAUCAGCCGGUGUCCGUGCUUAAGCCUGCUGAGGAGAGCCAAGAGGUCAUUCCAGAGCCCAGUGGCCCCUCAGAGCCGCUUAAAAGGAAAUCUUCCAGUGAAAUUGGGGAUGAAUUGACACCAGAGAAAAGGCCUCGUAUGUCCUCAGUCUCCUCUGUGUCCUCAGUCUCUUCCAUAUCUCCUCCAGCGUCCUCCAUAUCCAGCCCUGCUACACCGACUUCAGCAACAAAUCAGAGGGUUCCACCACUCAAGAUCCCUGUGUCCCGAAUUCUCCCCAUUCCUUUGUCACCUAGCCAAGUCUCACCCAGGACUCCUCUGCCGACCCCGCUUAGCAGCCCAGGCCGUACUGGUGCUCGUACUUUGGCUGACAUCAAAGCUAAAGCUCAGCUCGCCCGAGCACAGCGAGCAGCGGCUGCCGCAGUAUCAUCAGCAUCGAAGGGAGCGGUGCCUGGCCCGGGGCCAGGAGGAGGCAGUGGUGAGCAGACACAGCCAUCGCUCAGCCCCAGCCCAGCGUCCCCACAAACACCAACCAGGUUACCAGCCAGCCAGACCAGCACGCCUCCUUCUCGCCCACUGGAAUCUUUUGGUCAGCUGAGCCCAAACCAGUUUCAAACGUCUUACUCGAGCAAAACGGAUGAAAAACACAAAGUUCAUUUUGCUGGUACUGUCAGUGCCCAUAGCAUUCAACCCACUCCGCCAUCCAUUCACACUCCAAAGGGACAGGAAAACCAGUCACCUGCUGCAUCAUCGGCCAAGACCAGCUCCUGUAUCCCUGCAAACAACCCGCUGGUCACUCAGCUUCUGCAAGGCAAAGAGGUUCCAUUAGAGCAGAUCCUCCCGAAACCGUUAUCCAAGGUAGAGGUGAAGAUGUCAAACGUAUCCUCUGGUGUUAAGGCUAAGACGCUGCACCCUGCUGAGCACAAGCAGAUGUUCCAGCCGUUCAAUACAGCAGGACGAGCAGGAGUUUUCUCAGAGCACCUGAGACACCACAGGGAACUUCCUGAUAAGGAGACUCAGGAGCAGAUCCUGCAGGCUCUGAUGCAGAGGACAGGCCAGCAGAGUCAGCCGUAUGGUGGUUUGGCGCCUCAGCACUCUCAGUACAAAACCCACCAGCUGGUGCCUGCAGAAGAGCGGCAGGACCAAUCCAGGAUUUCAGUAGGAUUUCUAGGGCGUAAGAGGAUACCCAGGCCUGCAAUGACGGGACACUACCUGCUCAAUGUGUCCACAUACGGCCGAGGACCAGAGAGCAAGAGACUGCACCAGUCUGUCAUCCCAAACACGUCCGGUUUGAAAAGGGAAAGCACAGAAGGAGAGGAGACGGCCAAGGACGAAGAACCCGCCAGGAAAUUUUUCUUUCCUGCCCCUGGGGUCAAAACUGAGCAGCAGGGAUACUCGAUAACCAACGAAGCAGCGAGCAUUCAGAACUGCUCCAACGUAAAGACUGAGCCUGGAUCAGAGGAUUGUGACGCCGGUGCCAAUAACAACAGCACCAGUGCGACAGCCAAAGACACCAGCCCCUUUUCUCAGUCACACCGAAGGCACCUCGAACUCUGCAAUAGCAACCAAGGAAACUCCGAGCCAUAUCUUAGCCAAGUGGACCCCAGUCACCAGCGGCAGUCUGCCUUUCAAACCCAGAGAACGCUCGAUAAUCAGGAAGCCGUGGCAGCGUCAUGUUACGGUGGCACUAUCAGCAUGUCUGUACCUCACUCUUUGAACCACGGCACUGCAGGCAUCGGCUCUUCCACGGCCUCAUCUGAGGCUGACGGCAGCGGCGUCCACGGGAGCGUCAUGUCUUUCUCAGUGACUGUCACCACCAUACCUGCCGGUCACUCGCUAGACCACGGCAACCAGAGCGAGCCCUCGCCCGAGCAGGCGUUCAUGGAGGGCUCCAACAUGGAGGACGUCCAGUCUAAGUGCUACUGCCGACUGAAGGCGAUGAUCAUGUGCAAAGGAUGUGGAGCCUUUUGCCACGAUGACUGUAUCGGCCCCUCGAAACUGUGUGUGUCAUGUUUAGUUGUACGAUGAUAUGAAAUUAAUAAUAAUAAUAAUAAUAAGAUGGUUUGAUUUGUAUUGAAGACACAGAGCAGAAGCAGGUCAUUCAGAGUCACUGCUGGGGUGAAGCACGUUCACCACGCUCCACGCGAAACAACCAGCACGUGGUCGCUGUUGGAAAGGCAAGGAUUUACACUGGAUGGUCUUUCGUUUCACCAACAUCUAUGAAAAGUUGUUCUGUGCAAUCUUUUGGUAGAAAUGUCAAUCAGUUUUCAAUCAAAUCAGUAGACUGUCAGAUGUGUGACAAUUACAAAAUCUGGCAAUGUUUGCACUUGGCUAGGAUUAGUGUGAUAUAUUUUUUUAAAUAUAUAUAUAUAAAUAUAUGUGUGUAGUUUUUAAAAAAAGGGGGGGAAAUGAAUGUUGCUAUUUUUGUAGAACAUAAUGACUGUUGUGUUUGAGACUGACACUUUUUAUUAUUGGGCCUAAUCAUCAGUUGUGGUUUAAAGGCAAAAAAAAGGGCGCUAAUGAUAAUCAUCGGUUGUAUAGUACCUCCUGGCAUUUAUGCACGCAUGGCAGGGAAGUGCAACUCACAGUAACUAUUUUAUAUAAAAACUGUACAUUUAUUACUGAACACACUCAGAUAUAAGAACAUGUCUUGUUUUAGAAAGAGAGCAUAAAUGGAUCUUGAAUGAUUUGAUGAAAUCAGCUAGUGAGGAUUGCACAUCACAUCAUUUUUUUUUGACAAACAGUUACAGAGCGAAGCACUUGAAAACCACCUGGAUUUAUGGUUGUAUCUGUACAGCACUUACAUUCAAACACAGGGGGGAAAGAAGAAUCAUUUAUGUAUAAAAAAAUGCCCAUUCGUGUUCCUUUUGGAAAAUUGAGAUCUUUUCCAUUCCAGGUCAAGGUCAAGAGUCACUUCCUACUGUGUGAACCUUCAUUUUCUCCCAAUAAAACACGCUUUUUUAGAUAUUAUUUCCAAUGAGGUGGGUAUUUCUCACGCCUGAACGCCUGUAUAGACAGAUCAGUGGCAGCAAACAGUAAAAGAAACACUUAAGGCAAGGGGGGAAAAUGAAGAUAAUUUUGUUUUUCCACUGUAAAUAUUUGCUUAUUAACAGUAUAAGCCUAGAUGUAGAAAUUGAUUUUAUUCGUGCAGCACACUUUGCUUGAGCAUAUCUUGUUUAUUACAAAAUUAUUUUUACCGUGGAAAGAAAAUGGAGAAGAACAGUACAUUAUGCUAAAACGCUAAAUGCUUUAUCAGAGAAUGAUUCAGCAUGGCACGCUUCGGUUUUGAAAAUGAUUUGGAGGUACAAUAUGACACCGAUAGACAGGCGGGUGUAACGUUUCACUCAAAAAUGGCCUUUUUUUCCCAAAGAAUUGAAAUUUUUUUUCCUUCAAUUUAAUGUGGCAUGAAGUAUUGUAAACACAAUAUGAUAUCAGAGAAUGUUUCUAUAUUGUACAUUACUGUAUGUGUGAUGUAAGAGGAUGAUUUGUGGUGUGAAAAAUGUUGUAACAACUUUGUAGCUGCAUUAUGAUGAUUUUAACACAGUGUAAAAGCUUACUUUACCACAUAUUAAUGUGCAAAAAGGCUGGUGUGAAGCGUUACCUCUGCAGGUUUUUCAGGUGUUCAUGCUGAAAGCAAAUUAAGACGCAUCAACUUUAUUUUGAAAAUCUCCUGGAGGUGCAAAGUAGGCCUGUUUUAUAGCAAUUAUUUACAAGGUAAUAUGCCAAAGUCACCUUUAAAGAAAACUAAAAUAAUCAGAACUUGUUUUUAAUAUCUUGACUAGUUAAUCAAAGUAAUAUAUUUUAAUUAAUAUCUUUUAAUAUAAAAAAAACUAUUUGCUAAUUUUUUUUUUUUUAAUCAACAGGGUUUUUACUAUAAUAAUAUAUCGGCUGUCUGUUUUUCUUAUAAUUUUGUUUAGACUGGACAGACCACCAUGCAGAGAAUAACUUGACUUUUAUAAUUCAAAUUGCCCAGGUAUCAAUAUUCUGUAUGGCCCAGCUUUUUUCAAUGGUUCACUUGGUCUAUGUUUUUUCCAUAGAGACGUUGUCUAAUGUGUGUACCCUUUUAGCUGUCUGCAUUUGUGUCAUUACCUUAUGAAAACAAAAAGAAAUGUUUUUAAAAGCUCCAUUUUUAGGUCAGUGGAUUAAUAAAGGUCCAUUUUUAAAUGUAUUUGUUAUUAAAUGGGGGGUUAUGUCUUGUGGAAAAUUGGUUUAAGAUUGUAGGAGAGGUUUAUAGUCAUUUCACUAAAACUGGUGCACCAGUAUUUCAUUGUGUUAACACAAUUUUAAUUUUUCCUCCGGAAAUAUUUAGGUCUUAUUAGGUUUGAUGUGAUGUUAGUAUGUUGUAUUUAGAGUUGGGGACUGGAUCGCACCGCAAAAACAAUUCACAGACACAAUCAAUCAAUCAAUCCAAAAGGCAGCUAAAAUCUUUGUUAAUAAGGACUGAAACGUGCGUCAGGCAGCAGUCCCCACUGUCACUGAAGUUACCUGUUGUGUGUGCGUUCAGAUGAGUUCAUAUAGAAUUGGCUGUUAAGUGUCAUGGGCAAUCACCACCGAUUUAAAAUGUCACGUUCAUCACUAGGUAAAUUUGUUUAAUAUGUCUGUGUCAUUUUGUCUCCAUUUAAACUCCGGGUGAAUGUAAUAUAGUAAUCAGCACUUGUAAACAAAGUGUAUUUUAUCAGAAGUUAUAGACUAUUAUGAAUAAAUAAUGAAAAUAAAAA